AUGAAAGUGCCGCUAACUCCGUCGCUAUAUAAAACCAUUCUUAACUGCGCCUCAUUUCUUCAUUCUCAUUACCACAAACACUCUUCUCGUGCUCUCCGUCCAAAUCUCAGAUCUCUCUUUCUCCCUGUGAAAAUGGCUUCCUUUACAGCUACCUCCAUCUCAAUCAUCUCUCUCGCCAAGUCCUCACUGGUUCCUUCAGCCAGGAUCAGUAGCCCGAAUUCAGUUUCCCUCUCAAUCAAAGGAAGGAGAUUUCCAUCAAUUACAUUGCAGCCUACAGGACGUAGGUUUCAAGUUACAUGCGCGACGAAGCAGGAGACAGUGCAGAAGGUCUGUGACAUAGUCAAGAAGCAAUUGGCACUGCCAGAGGGUUCAAGUGUCACUGGAGAGUCCAAGUUUGCUGCCCUUGGAGCUGAUUCUCUUGACACAGUUGAGAUUGUGAUGGGACUGGAAGAGGAAUUCGGUAUCAGCGUCGAGGAGGAGAGCGCACAGAGCAUCACCACCGUUCAAGAAGCUGCUGACAUGAUUGAUAAGCUUCUCGAGAGCAAGACUGAUUAAGUCCAUUUUGUAGCGGUUUUCUUUUUUCCUUUUUCCUUGUUUUUUUUUGUGUGCGUGGCUAUUUUGAUGUCCUAAGUUUAAUUUAUCUUUCGUAUUUUGAUGUCCUAAGUUUAAUUUAUCUUUCGUAUCUCAGUUUGAUUGUUACCCAAGUAAUUGCGAGAUCUAUCUUGGAACUGAAGUAGGAUUACUAUAAUACUAGUUUUCUGUUUCUUAAAACAUGUAUUUUUCUCCUUAUCAUUGAAAUUGGUCUUAACUCUUAAGUCUUUAAA